CAGACCAUCUGCACAGUAAGAGUCACUGAGAGACACACAGCCUCCCUCUCACUGCCAGAAACAGACUGCACCGGCAGCAGCACUUUGAAACACGCCAGAAGACAAAGAGAGAGAGAGAGAGAUAAGGAGAGACAGACACAGAGACAGAGAGAGAGACAUUCUCUUGCUCAGCACCAUGGAGGUCACGUUUGGAAGAGUCAGUGGGCAGCAGCCUCAGCAGAAAGCACUCCUGGGAGAGGAGAAGUUCCAAAUGUGGGACCUCAACAAACGCCUGGAAUCCUACCUCUCCAAGGUGAAGUUCCUGGAGGAGGAGAACGAGCUCCUCCGCGGAGAGAUAGACCACCUGAAGAAGGACCGGGGGGCCCGAUCAUGGAAGGCUGCCUUCGAGGAGGAGCUGAGGCAGGCCAGGGAGAAGGUGGAGGAAGCCUGGAGGAGGAAAGACCGAGCCGAGCUAGAAAGGGACAACCUGAGCGAGGAGAUGGAAGGAGUGAGAGCCAGGAGGCACAAGGAGAUCACAGCCCAGGAAGAGGUGAAGGAGAGGCUGAGGGAAACCAGCAAGGUCCUGGAAGAAGAACGAAGGAGUCAGAUCUGGAUGAGGGAGAAGGCUGCCCAGCUAGAGAAGGAGCUCCAGCUAAUGAUGGAGGUCCACCAAGAGGAAACUUUGAGCCUGAAGACCCAGAUCUCUGAAUCCAGGAAGAAAAGUGUGGCUCCCAGCAGCUUCUCCUCCUCCUCCUCCCUCCGGCUGGGAGAUCUGGGCUUGGAUUCCAGAAGGGCUGCGGAAAUGUGGAAGACGGCCACGGAGGCUUAUCAGAACCAGGUGGCCCGCCUCGAAGACACGCUGGCCCAAGCCAGGGCCAGACUAGCCCAGGUUUCAGAGGAAAAGAAGGAGGGCUACCUAAGGGCGCAGGGUUUGGCUAAAGAGCUGGAGGGAGACAGGGUGAGGAAGGAGAUGCUGAAAGAGAAGGUGUCCAUGCAGUGGGGCAGGCAGCAGAGAGAGCUGGAGAAGAUUCAGGCGGAGAUGGAGAGCUUAGAGAGAGAGAAACAGUCACUGGAACAGCAGAUGGCCGUCAUUCUCUCCGACAAACAGAACCUCACGCAGCUCAAAAUGUCACUGAGCCUUGAAGUGGCCACUUACAGAGUCCUCCUGGACUCGGAGAGCUGGAGGAUUCAAGCCCCGACUGCAGGCUUCAAAACAGGUCCCCUCCACAAAGAUGACGGCUUGGAGUUGAGUUUGAAGGAGCUACGAGGAAGGGUCCGGACACCGCUGACCGCUCGUCCCCAAAGUAGUCCAGUCUACGCGAAACUGGACGCGACGGACGUCAGGGGUCCGCAAUGCACGCCCCCUCUGAAGCCCAAUCCGAAGACCGCCGCGCCAAUCACAGUCAUCGAUAAGAGACCCCUAGAAACCCUGAGGAGCCCCGUUGUUGAUCCUUCUCCGAAAGAGAAUAUUAUUCAGGAGACCGAAAAAGAAGGAUUCAGCGUGAUGGAGAACGUGAUGACUACUGCCGACUCUGCCAGGCAGGCAGCUUUUCAAACGCCAGGCGACACCCAGGAUAAAACAUCUUGUGAAGUCCAGGGAGAUCUGUUAGGAGAUGACGUGAAGACCGAGGCUUGGACCAGGCCUGCAGAGGACAACCUUCCCAGCAUGCACUCGGUCGAGCCAGAAUUGGGACAAAGCUUUGAGGAUCAGCUGUCGGACGCCUUGGAUAAGAUCAAGGAUGAGGACAGAGUUUCACCUGAAGCCCCCUAUGAAGACCACCCAGUUUUGAAAGACGGCCGGCUCUUCGAAACGUACCGCCAAGACACGGCCAUCUCUCAAAGCACGGCUCUAGAACUAUCAUCCCAGGCUUGUCCCGAAGUCCUUGCAGACGUGGAAGCGAGUGUCAGGGCUGAAAUCAGUCAUCCUCAACCGGAAAAAACAGAAGCCUCUAAACCCAGCGGGGAUGUGGGAGAGGAAAGAGUUGAGGACAGCAAGAACGGAGAGUCUCUUUCAGAAGCUCAGCAGGCUGUGAUGGAGCUAGAUAAAACAGAGGAGGAACACCCAUCCAGAACCGAGGAAGAGCAAGUGACCAUAGAGGAGAAGGUUUCGGUGGCAGAUAGCAGCCACGAAGAGGCGCAGCUUAGCUCAGAGGAUAACACAGAGAUGCACAGCAGAGAUGCAGACACUGUAAAGCACCCUGAUGAAUUAAUGAAGACCCAGAUGGCUAUAACCACGAAUCUUGUACAAGAAGUGAAGACAGAGCUUCAUACUGUCAGGGACCAGGUCAGUUGGAAGUUAGGAGAAACCGACCCAGAAGAUGAUCUUUGCUCGCAAGAAAAAGAGCCACCCUUGACCAAAGAGACAGGAGAAGCGGACAAAAGCCUCUUGGAAGAACCUGAAAGCGAAACACGCAGAGGAGAAGAAACGGAAGCAGAGGAGAGUACUCGGGACUUGGGUUCUACUGACAGCAGUCUGGAUACCAGCGAGGAUGCUUCUGAACUGAACCACGAUGAACACGUCACGACCGACACCGUGCUCAAGGGCCCAUCGCAAGCUCUUGAGCCGUCUCUAUCACCGACGGCACAGGAGGCCGUGUCAAAGACUGAGGAGAUAGGAGACAGCAGCGACGUCGACGAGGUGAGCUCCGAGACAGAAAGGGAUGAUCAUUUCGAGGAAGAACAAGCAGCAGAACUGAUGGUCGAUGAUCAAGCAACGCUACUGGGAGAAAACAAAGUUCCCGACGCGGUGCGGAGCGUGCAAGAAACCUCCACGGAGGAAUUUGUUGGGAAAACCAAAGCCGAGCUGGAAGAAGACGUCUUUGUCGAGAAGAUGGAUAAGGUGGGUAAUGAUGGACCAGCAGACGACUUCAAUUUAGACGCGCAGCUCAAGGUGAGCUCGACACCCCCUGACCAGCUGGCUUUCUCGAAUGCAACCGAGUCCCCCAGUGUCUCCCAGUCCUGGAGAGUGGAGGGAGGAGAGCUGGAAUGCAAUGACAGUUACGCCCUUGAAAAUACAGUGUCCGACACCCGAACCCUGAUCAGGUACGAGAGCGACGAAGACGUGGCAGAGACGACAGAAGGUGACUUGAUUACUGCUAAAGAAGGAGAAGGAGGAGAAGAAGAAGAAGAAGAAGAAGAAGAAGAAACAGGUUUAGAACUAAAUAUGGAUUCUGCAAAGGAGGAGAAUGAGAAGAACGAUGAAAACCUGGCCAGUUUGCAAGACGAAGAUGACAUGAAAGAGGAUAAACACCUGGGUCAGGAAGCAGGGGUUCCCACCGACGAAUCAGAAGACGAUUCUGAAGGUGAGAUCUUGCCUGACACUCACCCAGAAGAAGCUGAAGAAGGACCUUUAGAGAAAGGAGCAGAAACGUUUGAGCCGCGGACGGAAGCUUUCUCGGAUGCAACCGAGUCCCCCAGUGUCUCCCAGUCCUGGAGAGUGGAGGGAGGAGAGCUGGAAUGCAAUGACAGUUACGCCCUUGAAAAUACAGUGGCCAACACCCGAACCCUGAUCAGGUACGAGAGCGACGAAGACGUGGCAGAGACGACUGUCCCAGGUUUGAUAUCGGAAGAUGCAGAAGGUGACUUGAUUACUGCUAAAGAAGGAGAAGGAGAAGGAGAAGAAGAAGAAGAAGAAGAAGAAGAAGAAGAAGAAGAAGAAACAGGUUUAGAACUAAAUAUCGAUUCUGCAAAGGAGGAGAAUGAGAAGAACGAUGAAAACCUGGCCAGUUUGCAAGACGAAGAUGACAUGAAAGAGGAUAAACACUUGGGUCAGGAAGCAGGGGUUCCCACCGACGAAUCAGAAGAUGAUUCUGAAGGGGAGAUCUUGCCUGACACUCACCCAGAAGAAGCUGAAGAAGGACCUUUAGAGAAAGGAGCAGAAACGUUUGAGCUGCGGACGGAGGAUUUCGAAAACGCUGCAAAGGACGACGCUCCGACCACGACAGUUGACGAGCAUGAUCAAGGGGAGAUGUUUGUGGAAGGGAAUGCAGAAGCAGGUAAAGACUUGGUGGAGAGCAAGUUAGAAACAGAAGAGGAGUCAGCUGAGGAUGAAGAAGUUAGCUUGGCACACGAUAAAGAACUAGACUUGAAAGUAGACAACGAAACGGACACGGACAGGGGAUCCCACACUGAACCAGUCCUGGAGGAGGACACACAGCUUGAGUUGGACAAUGAGGUGCAGAAGGGAUUUCACAGUGAGGAGCUAGAGAGAGCACAAGAGGUGGAAUCACACGACAAAGAAGAAGAAGAAGAAGAAGAAGAAGAAGAAGAAGAAGAAUCUCACAGUAAAGAAAGUGAGACAGGACUGGAGGGGGCUGAUAAUGAGAGAGCUCAGGAAUCUCUCGCUGAUGUCAUGGAGACAGAACCGAAGGGAGACACAGAGAUCAAAAUGGACAAGCCACCAGAAGACGGGGAAUUCCACAUUGAAGAAAUGGAGAUGGGACAAGACACUGAGACAGACAAUCUAGUCACGUCCCCAUUGGGAACAAAGGUGGACGAUUUGGCGCCCGUGGCAGAUGAAGAAGGAGAAGAAGACCAACAUUCUGAAGAGGACUGGCUGGCAGAUAAGCAAUCCACAGGUUCACCCUUAGAUCCGAAACCCGAUUUAGCUGAGGAGCUGAUCGAGCCUGUUGCAGACUCUGGAGAUCACACAGGGGACAGAAAUGAAGAGGGACAUCAGAAUCUCUCCAUGCUGACCAACGUGGAUUACACGGAGGAGCUCUCCUUACCCAGCGACCGCUGCAACACCUCCGACAGCUUAUCGGGGGCCAACCUGGAUUCAGAAGGAUCGUACAGUUCUGAGGACGAGUCUCCCAACGCCUCGCAGGUGCUGCCCAGCAAUGAAACCCAAGCUGAGACGGAGGCGCAAAAACCCACUGACCGCCAGCCAGCGAGCGAUUCAGAAGAUUCGACGGCAGACUCUUUGGAAGCGGUUACAUCUCAGAUGUUCCAAAACAAAGAAAGAAACAAUGAGAUUUCCCCUGGGGAGGUGCAGAUGGAAAGCACGCAACCUGAACAUGAAGAACAGGAGGUUCUGGAGACAUCUGACCCAAGUCAGUGGCAAGCUAGGGACUCUGUCUCAGCAGGUAAGGAAGCUGAUGAGGGUCUCCACAAGUUACCUGGAGAUCUGGCAACUGCAGAGACCAUGGCAGAUGAAUACAAGAGCUCUUUCCAAAACUUCUGGGAGUCCCCAAGCAGCACCACAGCUGACAUCUUCCGCCUGGAUCCUAAAGACACCAAGCCCGCCACCAACGGACAGCAGAGGGAGAUCGGAGACCCAGUGCUCUUAAACGGAAGCUCUGUAAACGGCAAGCGCUGGGAUGAGAAGACGGAAGCCUGGCGGAGCACAGAAAGCACGGAAGAAGGGUUCUUAGAUGUUAAGGAAGAUGCCUCAGGUGGUAAGGCUGGACUUGACACUCAAGUGAACCCAGAGGUCCAGCAGCCAUGGGAGCAGACGAUGGAUCAGAAAACGGAAUUCAGGGAGGAUGGAGGAGGAGAGGAAGAUCGGAAGGCAGACGUCGAAGGAGGUGGUGCUUCUCUGAUCCAGAAGAAAGCAAACGCCGGCGAGGCUGUCUCCACACUGCUAGUAGAAGGAGACCUCCCCCAGGACAGCAUCAAAGGGGUCUUCUAUGGAAGCAGGGGGCAUGAAGAGGUGGAGCAUUCAGGCGAUUCCCUCGAGGAACACGACUCCUGGUCUUCAGAGGGGGAGUAAGAAGGACGCUGGGAGUUAAAGCGAUACAACACAUAAGCCAGCUGGUUUCACAGAGCACUAAUCUGGGUCUACCGACAGUGAUGUUAUCUUUGGGCAAAGCAGUUCAAGAUGAAUGCUAUUUUGAGCUCUGUGAAACCAGCCUUAGCUGCGAUUUAUCAUAGCUUUUCACUCCAAACUGGAAAUGAUUCGAUUUUGUUCUAAAAAAAAGACACACUCUGCUUUUAAGUUACUAGGGGUCCGCGUACUGAUUUGUAAAUCGAUUCACAUGGUUUGAAUGGAAGGAGGGCUGCGGUUCGGUCCCGGGACUAUAGGAUUCUAAUAACGCAAUAUUGCCGCAGCUGGAGAAACGUUUCUCCAGAUAUAUGGGAGAAUCGUUUUUAAAAGAUCAGUAUCAGUAGCAUUCGCAAAAUAAACGUAUUUGAUUUCA